GUGACCUUGAGAAAGACAAUAUAAAGCGCACACACUGUUCCAAAUAGUCAUCCCGUUGCAGGACCCUGUUUUGAGGAGUUUGAGAAAUCGUCUGUCCUGUCGGUGCUUCGUCGGCGUGUGGAGUUGUCAUUGCGGUCAUGUCCCGCUUUGAUGCGAAUGAGUUCGGAGAGGCUGGUCGUUUUCUAUGCAAAACUGACCUGGAGUUGCUGACUGCGAAGACCAUCGCGUUUGAUGGUAAAAAGCGAGCAUGGGUUCCAGACGAAAAGGAGGCUUACAUUGAGGUUAAGAUCAAGGAGCUCAACGGAGACCAAGUCAUCGUUGAGACCAAAGAUAGAAGGUCUCUUACAGUGAAGCAGGCGGACAUCCAGCAGAUAAAUCCUCCUAACUUUGACAGGAUAGAGGAUAUGGCCAUGCUGACACACCUCAACGAGGCCUCUGUGCUCUUCAACCUGCGCAGGCGCUACGCCGCAUGGAUGAUCUACACCUACUCUGGGCUGUUUUGUGUGACAGUGAACCCAUGCAAAUGGCUGCAUGUCUACAUCUCCCCUGUUGUCACUGCCUACAAAGGCAAGCGCCGCGCAGAGGUCCCGCCCCACGUCUACGCCAUCGCAGACAACGCCUACAAUGACAUGCUGCGCAAUCGCGUGAAUCAGUCCAUGCUCAUCACCAGAGAAUCCGGGGCUGGCAAAACUGUCAACACGAAACGUGUCAUUCAGUAUUUUGCCAUUGUAGCAGCUCUUGGGGAAGCAGCUGCUAAAAAAGGAGGCACCUUGGAGGACCAGAUCAUUGAGGCUAACCCCGCCAUGGAGGCAUUUGGCAAUGCCAAAACGCUGAGGAACGACAACUCGUACCAUUUUGGCAAGUUUAUCAGGAUCCACUUUGGGCCCACAGGGAAACUAGCCUCUGCAGAUAUUGAUAUAUAUCUUCUAGAAAAAUCCAGAGUGAUAUUUCAGCAGCCUGGGAGAAGCUACCAUAUCUACUACCAGAUCAUGUCCCAGAAGAAACCAGAACUUCUAGACAUACUGCUGCUGUCCACCAACCCGUACGACUACCACUUCUGCUCUCAUGGCGUGACCAAUGUGGAGAACAUGGACGAUGGAGGGGAGCUCAUGGCCACCGAUAAUGCCAUGGACAUCCUGAGGUUCACUCCUGAUGAGAAGUAUGGCUGCUAUAAGAUAGUGGGAGCAAUCAUGCACUUCGGCAACAUGAAGUUCAAGCAGAAGCAGCGCGAGGAGCAGGCAGAGAAUGAUAGCACUGAAAGUGCUGACAAAGCCUCCUACCUGAUGGGAGUCAGUUCAGCUGACCUCAUCAAGGGGCUCCUGCACCCUAGGGUGAAGGUGGGGAACGAGUAUGUGGUGAAGGGACAGAGCGUCGAACAGGUUAACUAUUCCGUCGGAGCUCUGGCCAAAGCCACUUACGAUAUGAUAUGUAUGUUCAAAUGGCUGGUGGGACGCAUCAACAAGACCCUGUACAAAUCCCUGCCUUGCCAGUUCUUUAUCGGAGUGCUGGAUAUAGCUGGCUUUGAGAUCUUUGAUCUCAACAGCUUUGAGCAGCUAUGCCUCAACUUCACCAAUGAGAAACUGCAACAGUAUUUCAACCACCACAUGUUCAUCCUGGAGCAGGAGGAGUACGAACGGGAGGUUAUUGAGUGGACCUUUAUAGACUUCCGACUUGACCUACAGGCUGGCAUUGACCUCAUAGAGAAGCCUCUGGGGAUCAUGUCCGUCCUUGAAGAGGAGUGCAUGUUCCCCAAGGCUACAGACAACAGCUUUAAAGCCAAGAUGUACGACAACCACAUUGGAAAGUCAGCUAACUUCCAGAAACCGCGGCCCGAUAAGAAGCGCAAGUAUGAGGCCCACUUUGAGCUGAUGCACUACGCUGGAGUGGUACCAUACAACGUCAUUGGGUGGCUGGACAAAAACAAAGACCUGUUGAAUGAGACGGUGGUGGGCAUCCAGAAGUCCUCCAACAAGCUUCUGUCGUGCCUCCAUGAAAACUAUGUUGGCUCUGACUCAGACCAAAAGACUGGAGGAAAGGAGAAGAGGAAGAAGGCUGCCUCUUUCCAGACCAUGUCACAGCUGUAUGAGGAGAACCUGAACAAGCUGAUGACUAACCUUCGCUGCACUCAGCCACACUUUGUGCGUUGCCUUAUCCCCAACAAGACCAAGACCCCAGGGAUCAUGGAUUUCUUCAUGGUGCUGCACCAGCUUCGCUGUAACGGUGUGCUGGAGGGCAUUAGGAUAUGCAGGAAGGGAUUUCCAAACCGUAUCAUAUACGCAGAGUUCAAACAGCGCUAUCACAUCCUGAACCCACAUGCCUUCCCCGAUGAUACGUUUGUGGACAGCAGGAAAGAAACAGAGAAACGGCUCUGGUCCCUAGAUAUUGACCACAACCAGUACAAAUUUGGACACACCAAGGUGUUCUUUAAGGUGGGACUGCUGGAGGAGAUGAGGGAUGAGUGUCUGGCCAAGGUCCUCACGCUGCUCCAGGCUGUCAGCCGAGGCAAGAUCAUGAGGAUGGAGCUCCAGAAUAUGAUGACCAGGAAGGAGGCUCUAGUGAUCAUCCAGUGGAACAUCCGGGCCUUCAACACGGUGAAGCACUGGCAAUGGAUGAUGCUCUUCUUCAAGAUCAAGCCUCUGCUAAAGAGCGCCACCACAGAGAAGGAGAUGGCCACUCUAAAGGAAGAGUUGGCCAGGCUGAAGGAGGCCCUGGAGAAGUUAGAGGUAAAACGUAAAGAGCCGGAGAAGAAGCAGGUCAGUCUGAUCCAAGAGAAGAAUGACCUCUCUCUGGAGCUGCAGGCAGAGCAGGAAAACCUGGCGGACAUGGAGGACGGCUGUGACCUCCUGAUCAAGGCUAAGAUCCAGCUGGAGGCCAAGGUCAAAGAGAUGAUGGAGAGGCUGGAGGACGAGGAGGGGAUGAACGCCUGCGUGCUCGCCAAGAUAUGCAAGCUAGAGGACGAGUGUUCUGAGCUGAAGAAAGACAACGAUGACAUAGACAUCACCAUGACCAAGGUGGAGAAGGAGAAACACACCACUGAGAACAGGGUGAAAAAGUUGGAGAAUGAGCUGGAGUCUGAGCAGAAGAGGAGCCAAGAGUUCCAGAAGGGAGUCCGCAAGUAUGAGAGGAGGAUCAAAGAGCUCACCUACCAGACAGGAGGACAGUAAGAACCUGGCCCGUUCUCAGGAGCUCAUAGACAAGCUGCAGGCCAAGGUGAAGAGCUACAAGAGGCAGGCUAAGGAAGCGGAGGAACAAGCCAACUCCAAUCUGACCAAGUUCAGAAGAUCCAGCAUGAACUGGACGAUGCAGAGGGCCGAGACCACUGUCAACAAGCUC